GCGAAUAUUAAAAAGAUGAGAAAAAUCAAGUCCAUUUCUUCUUGAUCUGGCUUGCACUGGAUAGUGGAUUGCUGUUGACAUCGACACAUAUGAGAGAGAGAGAGAGAGAGAGAGAGAGAGAGAGAGAGAGAGAGAGAGAGACGGAGAGGUGUGAGAAAGAGAAGUUCCAGCAAGAGAAACUCCAUCUUCCCUCUUAUCUCUGUCUUGUGUGAGUUGAAAGAGAGAGAGAGAGAGAGAGAGAGAGAGAGAGAGAGAGACAGAAGAAGCAGAAAUGGAGAAGGCUCUGACAAAAGUAGGUAGCAUCAAAGCUAGUACAUUCUGGGCCUCCAUCAAAGCCAAGCAAGAGAUCUCCAACAUUACCCAGGACCUCUCUACCUUCUCAAGCACUGUUGAAGAUAAAGCGAAAUGGAUAUUCAACAAGCUGAAAGGCAAGCCAUCAAAAGCGUUGCCAGAUCUCCUCCGCGAGUACAACCUUCCUCCGGGCCUUUUCCCUCAAAACAUUACAUGUUACGAAUUCGACGCCGUAAAUGGCAAGCUCAUUGUGUACUCGCCCUCCCCCUGUGAGGCCAGCUUCAAGGAUUCUUCCAUUUUAAGGUACGCUCCUCGUGUCAAGGGGACACUAUCAAGGGGAAAGCUCACCGGAAUAGAAGGAAUGAAGACCAAGGCCCUUGUAUGGGUUAAAGUCACUGGUGUGGUCGUCGAGAGCUACAAGUCUGACAAAGUUUUGUUCAUUGCGGGUGUAAAGAAAUCGAGGCCUAAAGAUGCUUAUGAAAUCGCUCGCAAUGCUGUCAAAGUAGAAGAGUUUUGAUCAUCAUAUAUGUUUUUUCAUGUUUUGGUAGUUGGUUACUGUUUUGUGCUUCACAGAAUGUUGUAUGCAUGACCUUAUUCUUUGGUACAUUCUUUGGUUGUUAUAUGAAAUCUUUCUAAGUCUUUGUA